GGAGGGUGGUGGUAGGACAGCACCGACGACUCCACGAGCAUUGGGAGGAGAUGGCCGACUGUGUUCGCCUCGCUUCUCCUGAGCAGAUUGAGCCACGUACGAAGCCCUCCAUCAGGCACCGCACCACCGCGCGCCUUCGUUGCGUCCCCCAGUGACUCCGUGUUGCUUGCCCAUGGCCACGAUAGACCUCCAAGCGACAGUGCAAAUCCAAGCGUCAAGCGCUGCAAAAACCCGCGCUGUCAGCUGUUCGCGCCGGUCUGUCACUCACGCAGGUCGGACGGCCAGCCAUCGUGUCAUUGUUGAAUUUCGCCUGCCAUGUUCAAGUGCCAGUUGCCAUCCAAGCAAGAUUUGAUUGUGAUUGUCCACUUGGCUGCAUGUGUCUGCGGCGUCGGGUCGCUCUCGAUGCCGUACAUCUUUGCCCAAGCGGGCCCGACUUACUCGACCGUCGCAUUCAUCCUCAACUGUUUCUUCAACACGUACGCGACGGUCGCGCUGUCGCACUGCUUCCUCAAGCUCCGCCACUUGCCGCACAUACACACGUACACCGACUUGGCGGUGCAUCUGUGGGGCCAAAAGGGCGCGUACACGGUGCAAGCCACGCAACUGGCGUCAUGCAUUCUCCUGCCUGUGGCGUUCUUGGUGCUUGGCGGCACCACGCUCCUCCCGGCCAUCUUUGACGGGUUCCUCGACUUGUCUACGACGGUCUGGAUCAUUCUCAUGGCGGCCGCGCUGCUUCCGAUCAUCUACAUUCGUGUGCUCCACGAAGCGUAUAUCGUGCUGAUCACGGGCUCGUCGGCGACAAUUAUCGGAGAUGUCAUUGCGACCAUUGAUGCGUACGUCGCGCACGGUGACGAGUUGUUUGAACCGACGGCCAACAUCACGGCCACGCACGUUUUCGACACGUUUGGGUCGUUCGCGUUGGCAUACGGGGCCGCAGUCGUCGUACCCCAGCUGCAGCACCACCAUCCGCAGCCAGAGAGGAUGCCCACCGCGCUGGUUUACGGGAUGUUGUUGAUUUCGGGCUUUUACGUGACUCUUGGCGCCCUCGGGUAUGCGCAUUUUGGAUGUGCGUCGCCGAGCAACCUGCUCUUGGCCAUGUCGCACUUGACGCAGCGCCGCCGCGCCGCGUACAUUGCGAUGCAAAUGCACAUCACGAUUGCGUUUGCUGUGGUCGUGAACCCGUUUUUCGUCACGGUCGAGAAGACGCUGUUUCCGCUGUCGGCGGCCAAGUACGACGACGCAGACGACCAGGAACAGUUCAACCAGAUCGAGACCCCCAAGGUCGUCGAGGAGAUGGACGCGUCCGAGCCGGCCGCCGCCAAGUACAGUGAGACCACUCGCCGGUACAUUUUCCGCACGUUGGUCGUAGCGGGCCAGUGCUUCUUGGCCAUGCUCACGCAAAGCUCGUUUUCGGACGUGGCUGACCUUGUCGGCGCAUCUGUCAUGAACUUUUGCUCGGUCGUGUUGCCCCUCAUGCUAUACUAUAACCUGUUCAAGGGCGAAAUGAGCCGGCCGCACAAGAUCCUGUGCUGGAUUGUCAUUGUCGUGUCCAUGGUCCUCGGCAUCUACUCGACGAUCCAAGCGAUUGUUCGCAUCGUCAAGAACGCAUCCCAGUACACGUUGUUUGCGUCGACGCCGCCGUCCAAGCGAACCGAGUAUGCGUACUGCCCCGCGGGGUACGCGGACCGAAAAGCGCCAUGGCUCGAUUCGUUUUCUCUAUAGUGUUAGCAUUUGUUGCCUGGUAAAGCACUUUUCCAACACAUUGAAUGCGCGGGAUAUUCCCC